UCAUCAUUAUCAUCUAUUAGCCGGCUAAUAUUUAACCUUAACUUUAGGGUGCUUGCUUUUGCAUCAGACGCAGCACGCAAACUGUAUCAUUUUGAGACUAAGCCGCGGAUUCACAUGCUGAAUAAAAAACCUGUGCCCACGUGUAGCUCAAGCAGCUUAUUGUGUCUGAUUUGCCAUGCUCGGUACAAAAGCUCUGGUACAAGGAAAACACCGCAGAUCUGUAAAACGCGAUGACUGAAAGCGCUUUUUUCCCCUUCUUUUUUUUAUUGUUUGUUUUUGUUGCUUUUCUUUUCUCUGCCCACAUUUCAGGAACACGCUUUGAUUCUUCUCCAGCUGUAAAAGGGAACGAGCAGACAAUCCCAUUGCCACCUUGUGUGGACGUCCUCCACAAAAGCUGAGCAGAACGGGGCCUUUUUCUACCUCAGGGGGGACGCAAAACAAACGAGGAUGGAAAUUAGCUUUUAAAAAAGCGCAGCCGAAGGGAAAAGCGAGCAUCUUUUUGUUAAACAAGAGCUCUCAUGAACACCAUCUGUAAAAAGUGAAACCAGACCCUUCAUUUUUUCCUCAGCUUGACUCCCAAACAUCCCAAAUCCCAAAUGAACCUGUCGCGACUUGUUUGUAAAUAAGAGCAAGACUAUUUUGUCCCUUCUUGUUGAAUGUCAGGCUCCUAAUUUCUCUGUUUAUGUUGCUUCGACGGUAACAUAAUCUUGUUUUUUAUACCCCUGUGAGCUGCAGCAGCCAGCCUGGCAGAGCGAGCAGACAGCGAAAAAAAUGAGUGUUAUCAAGUGUCAGCGCUGCUCCCACUGAUACAGUCAUGUACCAUGAGAAAGAUACAGACGACGGAAAGGCAAGCUAUGUUGGUGAAAGGGGAGAUCACGUGCGUUUGACACAGAAAUGGAGGAGGAAGUUUAGAAAGAAAGACGUUUAGGUGAUGGAGUCAGUCGGAUUCUCAGAAAGUUCUCUUCCGUGUCACAUGUGAGUCUGGGGCGCUGUUUGCCAAAGAGAGCGGCUCUAUUUUUAGGGGAAGGAAUGCACACAGGCCUCGUGGAAAGAGACCAUAACAACAAACAGUGUGCAGCACUCUGCCUGCAAAGCAAAGAGAGAGAAGCGCAUGCAGUCGCACAGCAUCACCACCACAACAACAACAACAACGAGGAAAAGAAACCACAGCAGAAUGCCAAGAUGUCUUUUGUCUAAUUUAUUUAUCUGACCUUGUUUUAAAGAGGACACCCUCUGCAGAAAACAAGCAAGACAACAAAAAUACGAGGAGACAGUUGGUGUGAAAAAAGAGAACUCUUCUGAAGAGCAAAUAAACGGCUUCGGAAAGCAGCCAUCUUGGAUUUUUAAGCAUGGACCCACCUGCUGCUGAGGUCCUUCACUACAGUGAUGAGGAACAGUCCUCCACCCUGCUUCUGCAGCUGCACAGACUGAGGGCGGAGAACAUCCUGACAGACGUCAUCCUGUGUGCUGGUCACACUGAAAUCCCCUGCCACCGUAAUGUCCUGGCGUCCAGCAGCGCCUACUUCCGAGCCAUGUUCUGCAACGACUUCAUGGAGAUCCGACAGACCAAAGUUGAUAUGAAAGGAGUUGGACCUGUAAUUCUGACCAGCAUUGUGGACUAUGUUUACACUGGACUCAUUAGCAUCAGCCUGGAUAAUGUGCUUCAUCUAAUGCAGGCGGCGUCCAUGCUGCAAUUUGGCCGCCUUUUUGAGGCCUGCUCCUGUUUCCUUCAGUCACAGCUGAGGCCAGACAACUGCUUGAGCAUGUUCAGACUCUCAGAUGUGAUGAACUGUGACAGUCUGAGAAAAAAAGCGAAAGACAUGGCCAUGGAGUGCUUUACUGACGUGUUCUUGUCUGAGGACCUGUACGAGCUUUCUUUACAGGAACUAAUGGGGUACCUGGAGGAUGACAGCCUUUGCGCUCAGGAAGAGCAGGUUUUUGAGACACUUGUUGCUUGGAUCCGUCAUGAUCCCGUCUCCAGGCGGGGGACCAUAAGCAACCUUUUCAAAAAGGUCCGUCUUCGACAUUUACACCCUACCUACCUCUUCCAGUUCCUUGCAAAUGACCCUCUGAUCCAGUCUUCCACCCUCUGCACUGAGAUCAUUGAAUCUGUAAGGCGUCUCAUGUUCUCAAUUGGCACAAGAAGCAUCAGGGACUUUGUGGUCGACUUUAAACCUCUCUGGGCCGCACCACGGCGCCGCAGCUACGAUGACACCUUGGUGGUGGUUGGAGGAAGAAGGAACAACGAGCUGACUUCAAGGGAGGCGCUGGUUUUUGAUGAGAAGAAGCAGAAGUGGCAGCGGCUCACCAAGCUACCUGUACGUCUUUACAAAGCCUCCUACAUAGCCCUUCACAGCAUACUGUACGUUCUGGGAGGCUUGACCACAAACACAAGCAGCAGCCAAGUCAGCCGGACGGUGUACACCCUCUCCCUCAAGACCAACCAGUGGAGGACAGCAGAGCCCAUGCUGGAGCCUCGCUUUGCCCACCAGAGCGUUUUCUACCUGCACUUCAUCUUUGUCCUGGGAGGCCUCGGGUCUGAUAGACAGCUGACAGCCAGUGUUGAAAGGUACAACAGUAUGUUCAACCAAUGGGAAGCCGUGGCACCAAUACCAGAGACGGUGCUGUAUCCUGCGGUCGCCGCUACCAACCAGAGAAUCUACAUGUUUGGAGGACAGGAUGCCACACACAACCCCGUCAGACUGAUACAGGUAUAUCACAUUGGCAGGAACAUGUGGUGUACGAUGGAGAACAGAACAGUGAAGAACGUGUCUGCUCCUGCUGUUGUUCUGGACGAAAAAAUCUACGUCAUUGGCGGAUACACCAGGCGGGUGAUGGCCUACGACACCGAGGCCAACAGGUUCGCCAAGUGUGCCAACCUGAAGGAGCGGAGGAUGCACCACGCCGCCACCAGCCUCAACAACAAGCUCUACGUCACAGGCGGACGCUACGUCACCGGCCAUGAUGUCGUAGAGGACACGGACACCUUCGAGUGCUUUGACCCAAAGACAGACACUUGGACGUGUAAAGGGAGGUUGCCCUUUAAACUGUUUGACCACGGCUGCCUGACUCUGACAUGCGUCACGCAGAAUUGGAAGAAAUCGUAACGAAGGCAAAAGA